GUCUAGACAGAAACUCAUUUGUUAGUGGAAGAGUGACAUGUAAACACUAGAAAUUUUGUUAAAAAACUUCUAAGUCACAUGGUUUUUCGAUCAAAUUUGUUUGUUGUGAUACAGUAAUCUUUCUUGAUAAUUUUUGGUGUUUAAUUCUUCAAUUUUUUUGGAUAGUGGUUUAAAUUUUUGCCUCGAUUAUUGAGUUACCUUGCCGGGUCUUCUUGAAAUUUUUGUGUAAUGUGAGAAAAAUAAUAUGGGAAAAUUUUAAUAUGAAUUUCGAAGUUUUCUGAGAAAUGUGAAAAAGAAUGGAGUGUGGCGUCCAAAGUGCAAUGCUGAGUGUACCACCAGUCGGGGAGAGUGGAGUACAGCAGUCUUUGCCUGCCGUCUACUCUCCGUCAGAUGCAGAUCAAGCACAAUUUGAAGCCGACAAAAGAGCUGUCUACAAACAUCCGCUAUUUCCUCUUCUGGCUCUUCUUUUCGAAAGAUGUGAACUUGCUACUCAAUCUUCGGACCCUCAAUCUAGUGACGCUUUCAAUUUAGAUAUACAAGCGUUUGUACAACACCAAGAACGUGAUAGAAAACCUUUUUUGGCUAAUGAACCUGAAAUUGAUGGACUGAUGAUUAAGGCAAUUCAAGUAUUAAGGAUACAUUUAUUAGAAUUAGAAAAAGUUCAAGAAUUAUGCAAAGACUUCUGCAAUAGAUACAUCACAUGUUUAAAAGGAAAGAUGCAGUCAGAGAAUUUAUUGAGGUCCGACUAUCCACAAGAUGUUUUGGGCAGUGGAAUGAUGUCCAGUAUGGAAAAUAAUAAUAAUAGUAUGAUGCCGCAUGGUAAUUCAGAAAGUGGAUCGGCUUCAAAUAGCCCAGUGCAAUAUUCUAUUAGUCCGCCCCAGCAAGUUCACCCAAAUCCCGCUAUGAUUGAACGACCUAUGGAUACGCCAACCACUUAUCCACUACCUCCAUACGUUGGGAAUAGCGGUCCGACUCCUCCGUUGCCGCCUUCUCAGCCACCCCCACCUCCAGAUAAUCUCAUUGUUCACGGCUCUACGCCAUUAGGACAAAUCGGAGCCAAUUUGUGUUCCUCUGUAACUCCAAGUGAGAGUUCAGGACCUCUGUCUCCUGCCCCAACUACACCAGGUGGCUCAGCAGAUGACUGUGAUAGUGAUUUUAAUUCUAAGGGUGGCAGGAAACAAAAGAGAGGAGUGCUGCCUAAACAUGCUACUAGUGUCAUGAGGUCGUGGUUGUUUCAGCACCUUGUGCAUCCAUAUCCAACAGAAGACGAAAAACGACAUAUAGCAGCUCAAACUAACCUAACACUGUUGCAAGUCAACAACUGGUUUAUAAAUGCAAGACGUAGAAUUUUACAACCAAUGUUAGAUGCUACUAAUCCUUCAGAUACCAACAGUGCUACUAAUUCACCGAGUCACAAGAAAAAGAAGAGUCACAAUAAUAAUAGAAGGUUCUGGCAACAAGAUUUCGGCAACAUGCCUUCACAAUUGGACAGUGGCAUUUUGUCGAGUUCAGACGAGGAAGGCGAUUCAUAUAGUAGUGAUGGUGAAGAAGGUAGCUUAGUUAUAGACGCAAAUGCUCAGAGUGGUGAAGUUAACCAACAAAAUGGUCAUUCAGUAGAUGUUUUAGGUUAUAACAAUAGUCCGGACGUCGAUAGACAGUGAAAUUAUCUGAGAUUUAAUGUUCCUUAAAGAUAAGCUUGUAGGCGGAGGUUAAUUUAAGUAAUCGUUUGAAUUCAUUUUAUCAAUUUGAUCAUCAUUUCAAACAUACAAUUUUGUUCAACAUUUGUUGUUAUUCACCAAAUCCGAAAUGUGUAAUUAUAAAUGGAAGUUUAUUUAUAGACGUUCUAGAAGAAAGUAUAUUGUAUGUAAAUUAUGAUCUAACCCACAGUAGUGGGAUUGUGUCACAAAUUCCAAUUGUGUAAAGAUUAAACUACACAAUAUUUCUUUAAGAUUAGCAAUAAAGGAAUGAAUUAAUUUUUUAAACAAGUUCGAUAUUCGUGUCAUCACAGCUAUUUGAAAAUACUAGUCACAAGACUAAUAAUAAGUAGUAACCAAAUGCAAAAAAGUCACAAGACUGAAUGAAAGAAAUAUAUGUAAAGUAGCAAAACAAAUAACAAUACUUCUUUUGUGUUGCCCAACUUUCAUUAUUAUGUUCUUGGAAACAAUCUAAACAAACUUGGUACAUCUAACCAUAUAACCUUUGUAAUCUAUACAUUAUUAUGCGUUUGUUGAUUCAAACUAUAAGUUUUAAAUUAUUAUGAAAAAUGAUUAUAAAAACGAUAAAAUAAGAACAUUUAUAUUAAAACGACUAAGCCAUAUUACUAUUGAUUAUUGAACUGUUAUGUAAAACAUAUUCCAAUUUUUGUCUUUAUAAAGUUGAUUCAAAGAAAAAUUUUAUUAAUCUAAUAAAGAUUCGGCGUCACAAAUUACAAGGAAAUUCCAUUUACCCGAAGUCAACUGUUAAUUUGAAAAAAACAUUCAGUUUGCUUAAGAAUGUUUUAAAUAUCACAUUAAAAAUGACAUAGACGUAAAUAAAUAUUCAGAUUGCAACGAUCUUUUUGCAAUUAUCGCUCAAAUUCCAUUCAAUCCUGGUGGAGUUAUAAUUACUUUGAAACAUAUCAAAAUCUUCAUUUACCUCGAUGAUCUUAGUGUUAAAGUAUAUUUAUUUUAAUAUAUGACCUAUAGGCUGGAAAUUUUGAUAGAGAAUAAGAAAAUAAAAUAAGAACAAAGGACAUAGAAUGCUGGAGAAGAAGCUAAUAUUUGAAGAGGAUGCAGUUCAGGAAUGAAAAAAAUAAAAAGUAGAAUGCAACGCAAUAAAAAAAUUAUUACUGACAUUCGAGAAAAUGAAAUGUAGACGAUAGGAAAAAAUAAGUAGAUGAGAAAAAUGUGUGGGAUCGCACAAGAAGGAAAAGAUACCUAUACUUUAGAUUGUUUUACCUUACAAACUAAAUAAUACAUAUAUUUACAUUUCCAUGUAGCAAAACUUGAUAUUGCAAUCUGAAUAUCGAAUGGAAAAUGUGAUUAUUUGUUAUCAAUUGUUAGUUUGUAAUUGCUUACUUGUCUACUACUGAGUGCAUAAAUCAUCUCAAUGCUAAUAACAAACUACGUGGCUCUAAAAAGAUUUGUGAUAAUAUACAAGUUUAAUUUCAAAAUAGCCUGGUGCAUUUAUUUUUUUAAUGUUUUCGUACUAUCAAACGCAGCUUUCUUUUUAUUUUUUACUCUCUAAUUAAAGCUGACAUGAAGCAUUGUAGUGGUGAUCUCCCAAAUACAGUUGGCACUCGAUAAUUCAACAGUUACUGUACCGACUGGUUGUUGGAUUACCAAAAAACAUUAGAUUAUCAAAUAUAAAUAUUUUCUUUGAUCGAUUUUAGCCGUAUAUACGCAUGCACAUAGUCAAGAAAAAUCUACCAUCUUUCAUUAUCAAUACCUUGCUUUUAAAAAAUUGAAUAACAUACUCACAUAAUUAGUUUAGGCAUUAAUUUUAACAUAAAAAUAUCUUUUAUUUCAAUUAUAUAAGAGAUUUUAGAAUCAAAAUGUUGUUGCAAUCAAGUACACAAUCUUCGCACAAGCAUUUGCCCAAACAUUUGCAGCCGAUAUAACUUCAGAAAGUUUACUAUUCGAAAGCUCCUCCAAUAUUUCAACUUCAUUAGAUGUGAUUUUUUUUAAUUAGAAUUAAUGCAAAUGCUGCAUUAAUUACCGCGUCUUUAAUGCUAAAUUUCCUCAAAAGAGACGUGAUCUCUCCGUCUAGUUGGUACACAAUAUCCGUCAGUAGACGCUUGUUAUAAUGCGCCGUUAAUGUCUUGACGACAUUCUAAUUCAUUCAUUGGAUCAGAGCCGUUGAGUUUUUCGGCAAAUACGUAACCUAAAACGGUCGAAGUAUUAAAAAACAUCCUAUGACUCAAAGGAAAAUUACCUCUAUGUAACCAUUUUUCGUUCUAACUUUUAAGUAAUCCAUAUCUGGAUGUCCAGGAGCGUUAUCUAGCUUACAGUUACAGAAAACUGCCCAUUCUUGAAAUGCGAUUAAAGUUAUUAUAAAAUUAAACCUCCUGGGACCGACUACAGGCGGUGGCUGACUCACUAGCGCAUUUACCGUAAACCUCUUCCAAUGCAAUAAAUUUCAGAUAUGGCUGUAGAAGUUUCACCACGAUCAUAUCUGUCAAUUAUUUCCCUUUUUUUUCAGGUUAGGCCAAGAGUCAAGGUUUUAUGUUUGCUCAACAACACAAAAACUAGAUUAGGUUAGGUUAGGUUAGCUAUCGAGCUGAAACACUUCUCAAAAUUAAAUAAAUGCAAAUGUUUGCUAUAAGAAAUUAAAGGUAUAACCGACGAACAGCUGUUGAUAUAUCACCUAUUUUCGUUCCAUUUUUUGAAAUUAUUUGUCGAUAUCAUUUGUUAUAUAUUUGUUAUACUUACUUUUUAUCAGGUACCAAUUGUCAGGUAAUUCAUAAAAUAAAUUCCAGUACCAUCCAUUAAACAUUGAGCAAACUUCUUUAACACCUGAUUUUUUUUUCAAGAAAUAAGUCUACAUAUUAAUAUUGAAUACUAUUAUAAUUGAGUUUUGAAAAUUGCUUGAUAAUUGUUCGGCACAGCUCUACUAUAAUUUAUGCCAUUAUUGUUUUAUGAUGUGUUUUGGCCUAUUUUGAAAAUUAUUUCAAACACUUUGAUAAUUUAACAUUCCAAUGGCACGAUAAGUCUUAAUCGACAUUUAAAAGUGAAAUCAAACGAUAUUAAACUACGUUUAAAAGGCUGAUUUAGAACGUACGUAUUUUGUUCUUGUAAUUAUUAUUUCAUCGAAACCAGUAUACGUAAUAUAUACCUCAGAAUACUAUAAAAGCAACACAAUAUUUAACUGCAAAAACUUGAAGAUGUAAUUAUAAAAUGCUUGCAGUUAGAUUUUGUGCGUGUUGUGUAUACGCAUUCUUGAAAUUUAUGCUCAUUUCAGUAUUAUAUAAUUGUAAUUUUAUUAAAAUAAGAAUCUACUUACCUGUAAAUGCUAUACUGUUGAAUGUUAUUAAUAUAUCUAUAGUAGCGAAGUAUUCUAUUGGUUAUCCAGGUUUCUUUUUCAAUUUGUGGAUUCUAGCGGGCCUUUCAUCGACUGGGAACAAAGGCUGUGAUACAAAGCAAUCGUCGUCUAGUAUUUAUCGGUAUUUGUAGUAGGCUAUUCGAAACAAUUUUCUUUUUUUCAAAGUAUAGUAAUGGUCAAAUAAAUAAAUUUACAUUCCUCGCAACAGAACAGAAUUGAUUUUCACUUUACCCUUGUACCGACGAAAGCUUAGUAACGGAACGGGUCCAGUAGUAUCAUGUCACGGGUUUAGUUUGUUUAUGCUAAUUGAGUCGAUUUGUAUCUGGCAACUUUCUUUUCCCAGAGAAAGAGAGACCUUAUAGAUCUUUAGUAUAUUCUCAAUGCAACAAAAGGUUUUAAUGCGAGUAUAAAGUUUUUUUAGCGUCAUCCGACUCAUGACAAGAUAACACAUAUCUUGAUUUAUCUAUGAAGUAUUUUUUUCAACAAAAACCAAUAUACUUUGUUACUUAUCCAUUUUCUACAAAUUAUAUCAAAACAAAAAGUAUUGUUCAGUAUUAAAAAACAAGAUGAAGAAAUUAAUUUGUACUCAGAAAAUACCAUUAGAUUGUUUAUUGGUAAAAGAUCAUAUAAAUUUUCGAGUACAGUUUUAAGUAUACUAUUUGAAACAAAUAUACGUAAUUAUACAAUAAAUAGUAUAAGAGAAACCGAAAAAUUUCCAUCCAACGCAUAUAUUUAGGAGUUUGUUAUUGUAGAUCUGUAAUUUUUAACUAUUUCUGUCUUUAUUCUCUAAAAAUGGUUGACAUAAAAUGAUUCUUCCUAACAUAAGGUCCACUACUUGUGUUCUUAAUACAGUAGUAUCAGUAUUCAAUGAUUAAUCACACAAAACCAAAUUUUCAAGUUGAAAAAUUUUUAAGAAAAUUCUCCAUUUCACUAGCAUAUUUAUACACAAUUAUUCAGACACACAUAUUUACACAGUUUCAGAAAAAAAAACAUUAAAGUUAAGAACAAAAAUACUACCACAUAAACUUCAAACUACAGAGGCUAUUCUUAUUUGUAUGAUUUUUAACUAUUUUCUUACUGACAUAGUUUCAUUAUUUUUGAUAACCAAAUAAUGAAACCUACU